AUAAUUGUAAAACCAAACUUUUCCGUCUUCUUAACUAUCUGUACCAAUGGAAACAACUUCGAACUUCCUGCUGAGCUUAGGGCGCUGUUCCGUUCUGUUGCCAUGGUGAUGCCAGACAUGUCUUUGAUCCUCAGGGCACAUUGUGCUGGCCAGGGUUUUAAAUCGCCAAAGAUUCUAGCUGAUCGUCUUAAGUUGGUUGGCGACAUUUGCAAAGAGCAGCUGUGAGUAUAGAUAAAUUGGGUAAAUAGGUUUUCAAGUAACAAACAGAAUCCUCUGUUCAAGGAAAUCGUCAGAAUUGAAUUUGACUGAACAUGAGACAUAAUUGGGAUGGCUGUGUUGAAAGCAAUUGAAGGCGGUUUGAUAGCUUGUGACAAAGGACACUUGACGAAUUUACUCUAUCAUAGCCAGGCGCUUUAUACUACGGACAUUUACUUUUGAAAUGUUGAAUGGAUUGUUGAAGCCUCAGAAAGAAAGCGGUUAAUAAUCACUGGGACUUUAGUAUCCCGAGUCCACCAUUUUCCACCGCUGUCCCUGUUUUGAGGCCAAAUACUGAUCCGCACUGAAUGCAGUUUCACGCUUGCAUUUGUGAUUUAUUUCUCAACAGAAGUGGAAAGAGUCAUCACAAAUUUAGUUUAUCCUCGUUUGUGGGUGUCAUUCAACACGCAGGACGCAAACGAUCUUCUCAAGGACCACUUGGAGGCAAGCUAAACGCUGCCCAGAUUGAUCCCUCAAGACCUUCAAGCACCCAGUCUGUUUCUACACAGUUUGGUAAGCUAAUAUGUGGCCUGUAAGAUGCCAAUAACAGAAUAUGCGCAAUGUCGAUUCCCUUGGCAAUUUUAAAAUGGUCUAUGCAGGCAUUGUUUUCUCUAAUAUUGGCCUUCAAAUAGCAAGUGAUAUUGUGCAGCUCUCCAGCGCGUUCCGGAUUGUCGUUUACAAAUGGUAAUGAGGGUAUGCCGUUCACAAUAUUGUCUCUUCUUGCUGUAGUUCUAUGCUCAGAACAUGACUGGCUGACUGGUGUGCUGAGAAUGAUGAAGAAGCACUCUUAUGACGCCGUAUAAAGAACCUUUGGUUGCUUCCUUCUUACGGGCGCUUUCCGUUUGUCAGAACUAGCCGGCCGGACCAUUGCCGGACCAGUCAUUUGGACAGUGAAAUCGGCUUUUUCCAAAGGUUUUUGUGAAAAACCAUCUCCUUCCUGCACACUAUUUAGGUUUUGACUGAUCUGGCUCGAUAGUUUUACUAAUGGGGAAGGUUUUAGCCGGUCGGUUCUGACAAAUGGAGGACGCCCUCAGUGUGCGUUUGUUAUGCGGUCCAUAUCUUGAUAAUGUGUGGGGUUCCAGCCUCUUUCUUUUCUGUCAAUGGCCUUUCGUAUGUUCUAUCGUGCUACCUUUACUAUUGGCUUUACUAUUAUUUGCUGAUUCAAUACCAAGAUAUAACCAUGUCACGUCGGUUCACGUCACACAAAACAACAAACGGUUUCAUAAUCACGCGAAACUUUGCAAGUCUUUCACGAAAAUUUACGAAACCAUUGUCAUUUGUGAAGCUAGAACCAUUGGCAGCUUUGGUAUUCAAUUUUACUAGAUCAUAGUGAUAAAUGAUUAGUAGUCUUAGAGAUUUUUGUGGUUUCGCAGGUGCUGGCAAGGACAGAGGAAGCCAGUUCGGGCAAAAGGAUAAAAAGCCAACUACUCCAUCGUCCUUGUCCUCUGCCGCCAGAAUGGAGCAUGCUUUGGUGUUACAGUCAUUGCAAGAAUGUAUAGGUCCUCGGCUUUCACCAGAGGUAGUAUGCAGAAAUAAUGCGUUAGUUUUACGCUAACCUGUUUACUCACUUUUGGAAGAGCUCUUUCUAAUAUUUGGACUCCCGGAAAGAUCAUCGCAGAUACGUAAGCAGCUUAGCAGUUGCGGUAUGAAAGCCUGGAAAAAAAUCAGGCUUACAUGUAAACGUAGUUCGCCUGCAAAUAUAGCCGCCCCUUUUCACUCCCUGCCGCGGCGGAGCUUUCGCCAGAGAGAAUUCUGUGUUUUGACCUCAAACAUUUCAUACUGAUGACCUAAAUUUGUCCAGAAUCUGCACAUGAGCUCUGAUUGCUUGAUUGUGGAAUUGCACGCUUCUAGGCAUUCUAUUGUAGCAAACAUUUACAAUAUUCAGAUAUUUGCAGUGUUCAUAGCUAUUUAUGCUCCGCCCAAUUCGAAUUGGUAAUACCAGGUAGUUCCUUAUCUGUGAUUUCCUUUCGCCUUUUAGGAGCUGAACGUAUUCAACAUGGUUUUACGUGACGUGUUUUAUGGCUUACCGAAACCACCUGCCCCACCAUACCAUCUCACCAAAGUAGUUCAGGACUUUGAAAGCGUUCUUCUAACUCAUACAAGGGAAAAAGGGUUUGUUCCUCACCAGCCAUGGAUUGCAAAAAUACACCAACUGUGGACACUUUCUAAAGUCCAUCGAGGUGGAGUACUCUUAUCCUACACUAGCUAUACAAGGCUUUAAGAAUUGAGAUCCCUUUCACUGCAGUUUGGCUGGUAUAUGGGAUACACAAACUAUAGUGUUAUUAACGUAUGAGAAGACAGAACAUUUUGGUGCUCCUGGCCGAAAGCGUUUACCUGGUAAAAGCUAAAAAUAGUCGACAGCUUAGCAGAAUGGACAGCUCACGAACCACCAGAAAUAAUAGCGGACAUUUUAGACAGUACACUGUCUCCAGUUUGCCACAUGGUUGGCGUAAAAUUGAAUAAGUAUUUAGUGUUCACUUCCUUAGAUAGCGCGUGAAAAUCGUGUGCCCUUCUGCACGCGUGCUAUUAAGGCUGUUUCAUUUAAUUUCUUUCUAGGGAUUAUCGUGGCUGGACCACCAGGAACGGGCAAAUCAUCCUGUAUCUCAGGACUUGUAGAAACCCUCAGUGAAUGUUCCCUCAUCAAACAUAAGAAUACUGGCUCUCCGAUGCACUCUCACAAGUUACAAAGAAUAAAUCCCCUGGGAGUGUCAGAUCCCGCUCUCAUGUUCGGCAAAGUGAACUCGGCGUCAGAUUUUGAGGAUGGUAUUUUUACAGCGUACUUCCGAAAAGCCAACAAGGAACACAGCGUUCACAAAAUGACGACUUGGAUUUGUUUAGAUGCUCCAUUGCAUCAUGGAUGGUCUGAAUUUUUGAGUAGUGCCCUGGAUAAAGGACAGGUUGUUAUUUAAUGAUUAUCAUUUAAGGCUACAUUUUACACACCCCUUUUUUCGAGUGCCCAUUGUCGCGUUGAUUUAAGGCAGGUUUCCCCACUAUGGUCUCCUUUGUGAUUCUUGUGUCGCGUCAUCCGUACCUCUCCACGCAAACAUAUGCUGGCACUGUUCAACUCAUUCUAGAAGAAUUUUAAAAUUGUUCUGUAUAGGAGAUAAAAACUCUCGAGCUAUAAGAUAGUCCCCGCUUUUGAAGAUGAAGCUUAUUUGCCAGUAAUCAUUUCAUUUUCCAUCCAGCUAUAAGAAUGUUUAACGUAUCUCCUUUCCCUCUUGCGCUGUUCAUUAAGAAGGUUCUCCACGACCUUAUGUAGAAUUCAAACGUAUUGUGUAUAGGAGAUAAAAACUCUGUCGCUCUAACAUGAUGCCGGUUAUUGGUGGUUUUUGCCUGUAAUGAUUUCAUUUUUCGUCCUCAUAUAAGAAUAUUUUGCGUAUCUCCUUUCUCAUUGGACCAUCCUUUACCAGGGUUCUCCACCACCUUAUGUAGAAUUUAAAAGUAUUCUGUUUAGGAGAUAAAAACUCUAUCGCUCAAUGAUGACGCCGGGUAUUGGUUGUAUUUGCCUAUUAUCAUUUCAUUUUUCAUCCUUCUAUAAGAAUGUUUGCCCUUGUAGAAGUUCAGUUUAGCCCUUCUGUUGCAGGACGUAGAUCGUUGUUUGGCCCUCAAAUAUAUGACCUUUGAUCUCUAAACCUAUUUAUCAUCGUCCUAUACAGGGCUAACCGGACUUGCAAAGAUGGAAAUGUUCCUGUCCUUCGUAAAGCGCAAUAAUUACAUGUAAUCAUUUUCUUCGUAGUAUCUGAACUUGUUGAAUGGCGAAAGGUUAUAUCUAUCAGAGCACGUGAAGCUGCUGUUUGAAACUGACGACCUGACGGAUGCUUCGCCUUCCACUGUUUCUCGUUGUGUAAGUAUAGCUUCUCUGUGUUGUGCAUGAUUUGUCUGAUUUGAACAACUUUAAUUCACGGGGAUAUACAUUUCUCUUUUUUUAGACUCUACCUCUGUCUCCUUGAAUGACGUUAUGAAAACUAAACACUGCCACUCGCUUUGCAGAACUAUGAAAAAGUAGUAUGAAUUUCAAGUUGCUAAAUUAUUGCUGGUUUGCAUUUGACGUCACGUCGGCCGUGUCGGUGAUCAAGAACAAGAGUGUUUCUCUCCUCUGCGAACUAAAUACCACUUUCAUGUAAAUUAUUUAAUAAAUUUGUUUAUUUUAUUGACUACCAACGUGGCCGCCUUGUCACGCGGUUGCCAACCAAAUAUAGCCUUUAAAAUGUGGUUCCCCUAUCCGUUGGCCCUCUUUACAAAUUGUCAUUUUUAAGUCCGCGUUCUCGUUCUCGUUUUUCUCGUUUUUUCUACAAGUACGAAGGAAACUAUUUUGGAGAGUGGUUUGUUUUUAUGUGAUAUGAUUUCCUUGCUUACAUCUAGGGUGUUGUGUAUAUGGAUGAAAGUGUUCUAGGAUGGCGGCCUCUAGCAGAAGCCUGGCUUGCCAAUAGGUCUCCUCAGGAAAGUCAUGUGAGUAGAUAUCUUAGAUCAGCCCUGCACAGAUCUAGGGGAGGAAGAAAGUUCGUCAACUUAAUUUAGACAUAAACAGCAUUGAAAAAAAUUUGACUUGAAUCCACAGUAGAAUAGAAGGGAUGGAAUUGACCUUUUUUGGGCAGAGAUACAUAAACGCGAGUGACGUCAUGACCUUUUGUCUUCAUCCUAUAUGUUUAAUCUCGUUCACCAGUUUGAUCGGUUUUAGAUCAACGAUGUCGUAUUUUAUUUAAAAUUGAGUGCAAGUUCUAUUUUCUGUUUCCACUUUUUUCACUAGUGUCUACAACGAGCAUUCAACAAGACAGUAGAUGUAAUCUCACAAUUUGUUCAGUACGAAGCAAGGUUCGUUGUAUUUUCUUUGUUUUAUAAGAAAGGCUCGUAUAGGUCAAUUGAAACGUGGAUAAGUUUUUAAAUGUGGGAAUGAUGCAAACAUCUAUUUGCAAACCUGUGCUUUGUCGAAGCUAAUUUAUGGACACCAAAGGGACGAAGCGAACUGUCCGUAUCAUAGAGGAAGGGGAUGUAUGAAGUUUGUUGGAGCCUUUGGCCCCUAGCAGAACAGUCCUCAAUAUCGAAGUGUCUGUGAGAGAGGUUCAAAUUUAUAUUUAUGUCGCAAAGUUUCGCUAUUUCCUGUUUGUCUCUGGGGGAUGAAAAACCAGCUUAUAGUAUGAGCAAUCUGUUAACACACUUAACGAAAUACUUUUGUGUUGCUUUUUGUGUUUCUUCAGACCAUUUAUGAAAAUCUGUGAAGUAGGAUUGUUCAACACAUGCCUUGCAAUGUUAAAGGCCUUGAUUGAGGUAAACUUGUUAAUGUUUGGCGCUGUAAAAUCUACCAGUAUUGGUACACCUGUAACAUAUUUCAGUAUUUGUUGUAUACACACCGCACGGAAUUGUAAGGUCUUAUGUAAGACCAAAAAGGUCCAAAUGGGAAAACAAAACAUACAAGUCAAAAAGGUCCAUUAGAAAGCUUGACCAAAGCGUCUUCAGCCUCUUUCCGGGCCAUUUUGACCUCUACGAGUGAGCAGAGGAGUAUUGGAACCAAACGCGAUGGUCUUCCGAAAAGCUGAACGGGUAACGUCUCAUCUAAACUCGCCGAAGACGACUGAGAAAGAGGAUGAAAUGUUUAAAAAUGGCUUAAUUUUCAACAUGUUCACUGCCAGGUUACAUUGACUUUUGUGAAGACAUAUUUUAGAGGCCGUGAUCCAAAUCCUUUAAUGUGUUCUCGGCAUUUACAUUCAUAAGCCUUCUCUGCUGCGACAUUUUUGCGUCGGUAUUGAUCGUUUUCCUGUAUUUUAUAAAUAAAACGAGAAUUUCCAUUGUGGUUUAUCAGUCGUCCCCCAAACAUGUGCCAUAUACUACUCACGAAAGACAACUUAGGAAUAGGUUUCUAAGGAAAUAAGGUCAUAAAGAAAGUUGCUCCUUUUUCUAGGGUAAUACUGACAUUGGUGGCGAGCUCCAUAUAGAGAGGUUAUACCUCUUCUCACUGAUUUGGUCUUUCGGAGGACUCCUAGAUGAACCAGACAGGAAGAAGUUUAGUGAGCUUCUCCUCUCACUAACGACAGCUCUGCCAGAUUAUGACCAAGAAAUCUCAGUGUUUGAUUACUAUGUUGACGAGUCUGGCGAGUGGGAUCCGUGGCAGUCAAGGUUGGUUAAAGUUUAAUACAUGGCUUCCGAGUCUCACACAGUAACUGUUUUUUAACGAUAUUGUUUUCUGGACAUUCCAGUCCCUGACAACAAACAAUUAAAAAAUCAAUAAAGUUUUUGUCAGUUAUGAAAAUUCCUUCACGUCGUUGUGAUGCCAUGCCAUUGAUGAAUGAAAUUAGAGCGCUAGAUCCCCUUUAGUCCGUUAUUUUUUCUGUAUGACCCGGAUCAAGUGAGUGAUUAUUUUUGGCCUUAAAUAAAUAGAGUUCCAGAAGUGAGCUACUUUGAUGCAUCCGAUCUUCUUGGAGAAGUGUUCGUGGACACAAUUGACACAGUAAGUGAAUGAUUGAAAUUGAGUUUUAAUGGCUUGUUCUCCACGAUAGGAUCUGAACGAUCCUACCUACCGUAAUGAUUGUGUGGAAGUCAUUGAUUUAGAAAUGAGGACUAAAAUCGUGAACAGUCUUGGGACAAAUUUUCAUUUGUGGCGUUUUUUUUUUCAAACCAACCUUGCCUCCCAACCACCCCCUCCCCCCCCAUACCCCACUGUACCUGUGUAUCCGAAAGUUUUCCUGAGUUUAUUUUUUUUUUUGAGGGUGGGAAAGGGAGAAUUGCAAGACAUUUGUGAAAAUAUAGCUUUCGUUUGUAAAGGUAUUUUUAAAUAACGGAUUGUUAUGAAAAUUUCAUCAUGGUCGCCAGCCUAAAGGGCAUUUCUCCCUGAUUGUAGCUCAGUCCUAUCUUGUUUUAGUGUAUUCUCUUCGAACGCUGAAGUGCUUUUCUUUUUAGCGAUCUUAGCGACUGCAAACCAGCCUUCGUUACGAGGAGGUAAAAUCCUAAAUUACCGCUAUGAAAAAGUACCUAUUAAAUAACGUAAUGUUCGCUUUCUUUAAGAUUCGUACUCGACAGUUCAUGGAGCUGGCAAGCGCGUCUGGUAGACACAUUUUACUGACAGGUCCAGCAGGAUGUGGGAAAACCUCACUCAUUGCUGAUUUCUUGGACAAGCAAGGUACGUUUGAAUCCAGGGUUUAAACUGUGUUGGUGCGUCAGUGCGUGGGGUGUAAAGGAAGAAGGUUUGCCACCUCUUAGGUAUACAGAAGGUGAUGUUUCAAGCGUCAACCCUUUGUCAGAGCGAAUCAGGUAAUCGUAGAUUGUUUGUGGUUUCGCCAAAUCGAAACGUCAACUCGCAAUCCCCUCAUUCACUCUGACCAUGGGCCAACGUUCGAAACGUCACUUCUCAAUCCCCCACUAUGGCCAAUCUACCUUAUCCUGUGCCACCAGAUUCUGUAUUUUAUCCAGAUGGCCCUGUCUUUUUAUCUUGUGGUUUGAGAAUCAUGGAUGGUAACUACAGUCCUAAUCUUGAAAAAAAAAAAAACUUCUUAAUUUAUUUGCUUAUUUAUUUACUUUAAUCCUUGAAAACAAGCCUUAUAAUUGCAAGGUAUACUUCUGAAAAGAUUUUAUUGGAAAGUUCGCGCUACAGGAUAUCAGUUUUGACAAUAUUUUAGCUGCUAGAUCAUGCUUUAAUGAGCAUUAACUGAAAAGUACCUUCAGUUUCAUUUGUAGUCCUGAAAAAGGGAAAGAAAUCGUAAGAGUUGACGAGAACAAAGGUAAAGUGAACUAGAGAUAAACACGGCUAGGUUCAAUGAAUUGAAAUUAUACUGCGUGCCACCAAGUUCCCCAAUUCUAUUGCCAUUCAACCCCGUCCCUAUCCCUGUUACCCUAUCAAAACUACAUAUAUAGUUUUUUUUUCUCUAUUGAAUUUGUAUUUUUAGUGGCACGCUGCACUUGUAGUCUUUGUAGCAGCUGUUUCCUUUUUCAAAGUGCACGAGACGCAACAAUUCAUGGGACGUGAAAUGGUUCUCUGGUCUCAGAAAACGAACGCUAUGCAGUCUAGAAAGAAUAUCAGCAACAUAUCGAUAUUUCUACGUAACAUACUUUUAUUUUAUUUUCAGAGGACAAGAAUCAAAUCGUCAAACGGUAUGUUUAUUCUGGCACCUCAGGAGCUUCUUCAUUACAGCAGUUUGUGGAACAAAACAUUUACCACAGGCAAGGUGAGUGCAAGCUUUAACCUGCGAUCAGGCGGUCCUUCUUCGCUUUUUCAAAAAAGAAAAAAAAAUGAAGAAGACCAUCUUUGCUGCGUGCAUUCGACAGUUUUCGAGGGUAGACACUAUUGGUUUUGUAUUUAACAAAAUGGCUGAUCAACUAAUUUAAACAGCCUUUGCAAAAUCUUAAUUGAAAUAAAGAAAACGAUGACCAAGGAACACGACUAAAACUCUUUCCGAGCAAGGUGUAUUGAAGAUGUAUAUAAUUUAAUGCAAUUUCCGUGUAUGGCUUCCUCAUAGGUUUCGUGUAUGGAGCAAAGAAAGGAAAAGUACUGAACAUGUUUAUCGAUGACCUUAGUCUGCCACGGACAGAUGAAUUUGGAACCCAGGAGGUCAAUGAGGUGAAUACAUUACGUCUUCAAAUAUAUACGCCACUUGCACAUAUCCCAUAAUGCGCCUUAUUUGCCCCCCCCCGUAAAUUUUGCAGGGGCAUUGUUUCCACUUUCUCUUGGGACGGCUGUAAUACCCAGGAGAAAUGAAAAACAAAGGUUCUGCAAAAUUUGGGGAGGGGGUGGGGGGGGGGGGGAAAAUAAGUGGGGUUAUAGGAGAUGUGUAAGGGGGGUUUUUGUGGAUUUUGUUUUUUGCUGGGUUUUUCAAAAUCUCAGUCCCCGGGUUACCAACCCGGUUACCAGGUCCCUUCUUUACCCGUUUCAACAGGGAUAGAUGGUUGGGUUUUUGGUAUUAUUUGGUAGGCAGCGUAACCAUACGUGGAAGUAACAUGCAUACUCUGUACAUCUGAAGAGAUCAGGCCGUACCUAAAAUGUGAGGGGGAGAAGGGCUGGGGUGGUGAAUUGUGUGGUGGAGUGGGGAGGGGGGAGAAAGGAAAAAGAAGGAGGGUGGAAAGGUGGGGGGGGGGGGGGGGGGGGGGGGGGGGGGGCAAAUAAGUUGCGUUAUAGGAGAUGUGUAAGUGGCGUAUUUGAUGAUCUUGUUUAUUGCUCGGUUAUUCAAAAUCUCAGUCGCCGGUGUACCAACCUCGUUACCAGGUUCCUCUCUUACCCGUGUCAACAGGUAUUAGAGAACUCUGGGAACGAGGUUGCUGAGACACUUGGUUAGAAUGUGAGACAGUGCGUGUAGAGGAGAGGUUUUGACAACGGGAUGGUAGUUAUCAGACAUCAAACUACCCAUCUUUGGUUUCAAGGGUAAACUAACCGGCACAAGACCACGCAUUUCGCCUGUUUCCAGAGAGUAGUCAUGAAUGACAGUUAAAGCAGUUGUCUGGGAUCUAACCCGUUUCAGGUUGCUCUCAACAACAUUUGGUAAAUUAUGGGAAGAUGGAGCAUAGUGUCUUUUCUAACGAAAAAAGAGGGCAACGACUCAAUAGUUAAAUUUCUUUUAGUCUAACUGCUUCACUUUUCAAGUGUUUGCCUAGGAACCAUUUUCCUACAACCAAGAAACUUCACUAUGCUCUUUGCUUGUUGUGUAUUGACAUGAGCAAUUUAUACGUCUGUAUUAGCUUCUGAGGCAAGUCCUAGAUGAAAAGAUCUUGUUCAAUACUAAAAAACCGUUUGACCGCCGCGUCUUGGAGGGAGUUGUUGUAACAGCAGCUAUGAACAUGCAGUCAGAACCAGUGACCAGCGGCACUCAUCAACAAAUCCCUGAAAGGCUAAAGGUAAGGAUACAGAUUAAGUAGCAGUUUAGCAGUGAUAUAUAUUUUCACUUUAUGAAUUGUUAAUACAUUUGAAAAUGGCCCAUACCGCGAGGGUGAUAAUUAAACCAACUGUCGGUCCAGGAAGUAGGCUGAUUGUCGGUGUUGCAGAAACUAUUGUUAGGUAGAUUUGGUGGACUGUUGUGAGUGAAGACUGAAAAAGUGUGAGUUAAAAAUAUUAGAGCUUGUGAAUUUUGGGGGUUUGUUGAGAUCGUUCGAGAUGGUCGUUUGCUUUUCUUUCUUCUGUGCUAGACAAUGUUGUAGACUGAAAUGAAGAACAACAGAUUAAGCUCGACUAAAUGUUUUACGAGAAGUCUCAUCACAAGGCUGAACGAUUAUGUCUAUGGUCGUCUUACAGAAACACCAGUUUGAUAUUCUGCCUGCAGCCUUGAUUGGUGGAGAGUACCCUUCUCGACUUGGAUAAUUUUUUCAUGUUAUCAUCAGACUUAUUCAGUCAUUGUUUAUCAUAACAAUUACGGUUUGUACCUUGCAGCGUCACUUUGCGGUAUUCCGUCUGCCUGCUCCCACAGCCGAGUCACUCUUCACCAUUGUUACUUCGAUAUUGGAGGUGUGUUCAAAUGGUUCAUUCAGUCUUAGUUUAAUUUUAGAUGUUUAGUCUUCGUUUCAUCGUCACUUUUUCUAACUUUGACUCUUUUUGACCACACAGGCCAACAUGGCUCAAAAUCAAGGCAUGGGUCUACCUCAAGAGUUUCACGAACAGAUUGUGAUGGCAUCGUGUACGCUGUUGACCAGCUUGCAGGAUGUAUUGAGACCUUCACCCACUCCUGGGAGAUACCAUUACCAGUUCAAUCUCAGGGACAUUACCAGAGUAUUUCAGGUAUCGUAGCGAAGUAAUUAAUAGAGACUGAACAAUUCUACUCUCACUUCUUUCAGAUGGAAAGGACGGAAGUGAACUAGAUACAUCCUCACUCUGAUCAGUAGAUUGAGGCUGUGUUCCCACAGUACCGCAUAGCUUUUCGUGGCACAACGAAGAGUAUCCGAUAUAGUAUGAACGCCUUUACGAUAUGUGCAUGACUCUCGUCUUUAGAGAUCGGCGCCGCGCAGCUUCGCUCCGUUACUGAAAUCGCGCCGACAUCACCGUUCUUACGUGUGAACGUAAGCCCUAUCUGGUAUGGUUUUCUUGCACUAGGCACAAAAGCUAUCAGGUAUACUUAGCAUGCGUCCUUUCACUUGUAUCCACGGCCACGCAAUACCAAAUGUCAUGCCAUCUGCAUGCCACUGGGUGUUUCUAAGUUUUUUGGUCAACUUGUAGUAUUAUUUCUUCCGUAGACAUCUUAGUAUAGGUUCGCUUAAGCGAAGAAUUUAGUCACACGGACGAUACAAAGGAAUAUUGGGCACAGUCAUUUCCAAUGCACAGUAUUGUAUGGUCGUCUGAGAUGAAAGUGUUGAAACACCUUGAAGACUUCUAAGACCUUGAGAGGAGAUCAAUGAAAGCGUGAUAAAACUUCGAUGACUCUCCCUUUUAACUAUUUUUGUUCACGAGUUAUUCCUGUCGUUGGCGAUUUGUAAAUUUGUCACUCACUCGUUAACUUUGAUAUUUUAGGGCCUUAAAAACUGUUCCGAAGAAAUGCGCGCUGAUGAGGAAUACAUGGUAUCCCUGUGGCAACACGAGAUAGCACGAGUUGUGAAGGAUCGCGUCUGCCGUUCCGUAGAUAUCAAAUGGUUUGAAAAAACUCUGAAGACAGUCAUUAAAGAGGUAAAUAUUAAUAGCAAAUCUUUUUAAGCUUCAGUAUAUCCUGUUCACAUUUAAACAGCAGCAGGUGCUUAAUAAUUGCUCCUUUCAAUUUAUUUUCAGAAUUUUCCUGAGCUGCCAGCCAACUCUCCAUCUCCUCUCUUUAUCACAUUUCCUUUGGAUGCAGGGCUUUAUUCCCAGCGGCCUGUUACUCAAGGACGUGUGGCUCCCAAGGUUUGUUCAGUGUAGUCGCGUAUUUCUAUUUCUGACUUAAAAAACUGUGUUUUUCUAAAACUACGAAAGGGACAAGGGGAAGAUGUGGAAACCUGUGAUAAGGAAGGCACAGUGGUGAGAUCACUCGCCUCCCACCAUUUUGGCCUGGGUUCGAGUUCUAGCCUGGAUGACAUAUGUGGGUUUAGUUUUUUUGCUUCGAGAGGUUUUUCUCCCAGUACUCCAGUUCUCCACCCCGUCCCCCACCCACUCCUCAAAAGCCAACACUUCCAACUUCCAAUUCGAUCUGGAACGCACGGACACGUUUUAACGAGUUCUUAAGAACUCCUAAUUGCUUUGUGGCUGAACAAAUUACAACUACCAAGUGUUUUGAAUUGUUUAUCCACGUCUUGGAUAUCUGCGGUGUUGCGGUGGUCCUUUCAAACAUGUCUCAAGAAGAGUAUACGUUGUCAGUAGCAAGAACAGGAAGGAAUUUAUUACCGGCAGUUUUAACGACGAUAAAUAAAUUGUACAUAGUUGAUACGUCUUAAUUUCUUUUUCAGAUCCUUCUUCAAGCAAUUAAUAACAUUGACGAAGUGUCACUGUGUUUGCAAAACUUCUUGAAACGGUAUAAUGAUGAGUUCAGUGGCGAGGGGCUUGAUUUGAUGAUAUCAGGUCACGUUAUGUUCCACGUAAUUCGCCUACACAGAAUCCUGAGUUACAAAAACAGGUAGGUAGUAACGGAGAUGGACUUGCGUACGUGAAUAAUAAUAAUAAUAAUAAUAAUAAUAAUAAUAAUAAUAAAUUAACAGUCCUUCCAAGUCCACUCUUUUGUUCUCGAGGAAACCCAUGACCGCAAGGAGACUGCCUUCUCCCAGACUACCCUAGCUGGAAGGGUUAGUAUGACAAAGUGAUGUUUCCACUUCAGCUUUUGAAUGGUUAAAUUAAUGUCCUCAAUUGUAUAAGAUUAAGAAAUGGCGUUAAGCUAAGGAAACAAAAAAAAAAGGAAAAAAAAAAACCUAGAGGAUUUCGGGGCAGUCAACAACCCCCAGAAAUUUUUCCAGUUAAGUCCUGUAUGGAAAACAAUCGUAAAGGUUACGAGUGCUUUUGAAUUUUUUUAAUUUGUUUUAUCCCAUGUGCGGACGCCUUCCUUUUUAAUCUUAUCCUUACGCUUUCAAGUUCCCCUCGCAUUGCUACAUGUACCAACUCGCAGGCAGAAAACCUCAGGCCAUAUCUUUACUACUUACUGAUCUCAUCACGGAAUUGUAUUUAUUGUUACAGAGGCAAUGCAUUGUUGAUUGGGUCUAUUGGCACUCACCUAAACUCCUUAGCAGCACUAGCCCUGUACAUGUUGGAAUACCCCAUUCAUCCUGUGGACUGUACCUAUCCAAACACAUUUCUUGAUGGACUCAGAUCAGCUGUACGUCAAGCUGGAUGUGACGGCAAAACCACAACCGUCUUGUUUACUGUAAGUAUUUGCUUCCUCUUGAUGGGUCUUAGAAGAGUUCCAGAAAAUCGAGAUUCCUAACCUAAUGUCCUAUCUCUAAUGAUUUAGAAGUAGCACUUCCUGACACAGACAUUGUGAUUCUUCGUCCACCAUACAUUCCUGCUCAAACUGGAAUUUGGAAAUGUGGGUGUUUGAAGAGAGGGAAAAACCGGACUGCCUAGAGAAAAACCGCUCGAACCAACAUCAAACUCAACCCACAUCCAGGCCAGGACUUGAACCCAGGCCACAUUAGUGAGAGGCAAAUGCUCUUACAACUGCGCCACCCUUGCUCCCCACCACUGAGAUUUUGCAGUUGAAUGGGAUAUUUUAGGUUUAUUUAACUUUAGAUGAGCUCCUUUAGGACUUUCAGUUAUGCCUUAUCAACCAGUUAUGGACCAAAGAGACUAGUAGCGAACAGCUGACUUUUUUGCUAAAUUUCCACCAUGCACAAGGCAGCAGGGUUUGACAGAGAACUCUUACUACUUAAUAGAAAAAUACGUUUCGGACCCACGUUUAGUGCUCCACGUCUUAGUCCAAGCACUUCUUAGACACACAAAAGUGCUAGGCGAGGAAGUCUUAAGCUAUUCUGGAUCUUUGAUUCAGGCACCAGAUCUUCGCGAUGAUAUGUACCUUGAUGCUCUGAACAGCCUGCUUGUCAGUGGAGAGUACCCACCAUUGUUCUCUGUAGAUGAACUGGACAGCCUACUACAGGUAAUAAGUGAUUAAUAAAAUGGUUCUGCAUUUGUCCUUUUUUAUAUUAUUUAUUUGGUUGGUUGGUUUUUGUUGCCUGUAAGGUGUAUUAGUUUUAAGUAACUUUCCUGUUAAAAGAGCACCUGAUGAUGGUGUGUUUUUCAAGGACUACAACGGCGACAACUAGGGAAACAUCGUUUGGAAAACAAGUUUUGACUCUAUAAAAUAAUAGAGGGUUUUUCAUUUUCAUGUUACGCGAUAAAAGAAAAUUAACCGUAGUUAUGCUUGUGUGUUUGUUUCAUUUUGUCAGGCUUUGAUGCCCGCGAUCAAGAAGAAGUUCUCCAACUUUUUGGCAGAUCCUAUGAAGUUUUUCAUCACUCGAGUGAAGGCUAAUCUUCACAUCAUUCUCUGUCUCCCACCCACCCAUAGACUUCUCAGAAUAGGCCCACGGUAAGGCAUUCAGAAAGAAUUGAUUUGUAAGUGCACCAUCAAGAGAAAGUUUUCUCUCUUUUGCUUAAUUUCGAUCAUGGCACUUUUAAGGAUAAAAGCGAUGGUGCCAUUGAAGUGAUGGGACGUUAAGAAGCUAUCGCUGGAGACCUGUGCUGUUGAAUCCCUUGGUUAUGACCUGUUGAUGCUUUUAGCUCUGAUGAGGGUUUGGCUUUCACUCUCCCAACGAUGGCGCAGAAUAUUUGUUUAGACGCGGUCCCCUUGAACCAGAAGAAGGCCGUGGUCAAAGCUACUAAGCCUUUCACUACUGAUUAAUGAUACCAAUGUUCUUUUUUUGUAACAUCCAGAGAAACGUACUUUGCAAAAGUUC